AUGCAGAGUCCAUCCAAAGCCAAAGCUGCAAAAGCAGCGGGAGGAGGAGGUGGUGGCCCUGGAGAUUCUGGUGAAGGAUCCCAGAACACAACUACUGUGCCUGAUCACCCUCGGUUGUCAGAGCUACCAGAUCCGCUAGGCCGAAUCACUGCGUUGAUCACACAAUACGACCUUCAGCAGGCUACAGUCAUCGCUCCGGAUGUACGCAACAGCCAAGGGGUCCUGAUUCGGCCACACAAGUACAACACAAGAUUGGCCACAGGCAACUGUGGUAUUGUUGGAAUGCCAACUCAAAUUGUGGACCAUCGCUCCCAACAAGAGGGAGACUGUGUGCUGCCUGAUGCCUCCAUAACUGCAUCGGAGUUCAAAAACUACUGGAGUGACGUCAAAGGUAAACGCAAGGCCACUGAUCAGCCACAAGGAUCUGGGUCAUCAAAGAGAACUUACAUAGAAUCGGAUGACGACAACGACAACGACGAGGAAAGCGAUAAUGACGGGGGAAAUAAUCAGGCGAUGCAACUUGAGUGA